CAUCAUCUAGUUUAAAGGGAAGAAGUGCCAUUAUUAAUGCAGCCUUAAUCGAUCCAACUAAAGCGGAAGCAACAGAAGCAACGACAAUGCUUAGUCGUGGUUUUAGUAUUAGUAUUUUAAGGCAAGCAACUGUAUCAUUAAAAGAAAGGUCGAGUGCGGCUGCUUCAACGAAAGCUAAUGAAAAGGAAAAACUUCCUAAAAUUUCGAAGCCAGAACCAAAAAAGCCAAGGUCACCUUAUGUAAUUUUUUUGAGUGAUGAAUAUAAAAGUGAAAGAACAAAAAAUCCCGAAUUAAAAAAAUUAGGCGACAUUUCUAAAGUUUUAGCUGAAAGAUGGAAAAAUUUAUCAAAAGAUCAAAAAAGCAGCUACGAAGCAAGAUUUCAGCAAGGUAAAAAUGAGUACAGAAAGAAGUACGAAGAGUGGCAAAAUUCUUUAACAUUGGAAGAUAUCGAGCUUGAGAAUCAACAUCGCGGAUUGAAAAACAAAAAACUAUUGAGAGAUCCAAAUCUUCCAAAGAAACCCGUCACGUCAUAUAUUCAUUUCGUUAAGCAGAAUUUAAAUGUAAAUGAUGGCGAGAGUUCCACUUCUCGUUUAUCUAAACUUGCUGAAAAAUGGAAGAGUUUAUCAGAAGAGGAAACGGAGCCAUAUAAAAAUUUAGCCGAAAAAGAUAAAGAAAGAUAUAUUGUUCGUAAAAUUGAAACAGAUUUCGACAUUCCAGUUACAAAAUAUAAAUCUUCUGUUACUGGUUUAACAGCCAUCAAUGUUAAAGCCGAAGUUCCACUUGUUUAUGGAUAUUUUUCAGUUGCAACUGAAGGUGUAGACAACACAUCUUACACAAUUACAACAGCUGGUAGUGAGGGUUUUUUAAAUAUGUUACCAAUUUACGUUGAUCAUGUUUUAUAUCCUACUUUAACCGAUUCUGGUUAUUACACUGAAGUUCAUCAUAUUAACGAAAAUGGAGAAGAUGCAGGAGUCGUUUACAGUGAGAUGCAGGGAUCUCAAAAUAGCGGCGAGUCUCUUACUCAACGAAGACCUGAUAAUCUAUGUCUUUUGUUAAUUGGUAAUGUUGAAGAAGAUAAGCUGUUGAAAACACUUGAUAUUGCCGAUGGCAGAAUAGCCAAGAAGGGUCCAUUACCACCACACAAAAGACCAUUUGUUGAUUCACCAAAACCUCCACCGCUUAAAAAAACCAUAAAAGAGAUUCUAGAAUUUCCUGAAGAUGAUGAAUCAAUGGGUCAUGUUUCUAUUCUUUGGAAAGUAUUUCAAAAAGAAUUUGUUGAAAUCCAUGAUCCGUUAUGCACAGACAUAAAUACCAUGAUUAGUGAUCAAAUAACCACGACCAUCCAGGCCAUGUUUUCUAAUGUUCCAACUAAAGAAUUAGAAACAGUAUCAACUAAAAUAUUUGAAUUGUAUAAUAGAGUUGUACAUAAGGAUGGAAUUGAUAUGGAAAGGAUGAACACACUCAUAAAAAGAAUCAAGUUACAAAAUCUUGAAAUUUAUGACCAAUUAUUGAAAUUUGAUCAAAAAAAUUGGAUAGAACUAUUGAAAAAAUAUUAUUUAGAUAAUCCAAGUAUAAUUUUACUUGGUAAACCAUCAGCAAAAUUCGCAGAAAAAUUGUCCAAGGAUGAAGAAGAACGUGUGGAGAAACAGCGCAAAGAUUUAGGGCCUGAAAAUUUAAAAAAACUAAAAGAAAAAUUGGAAGAAGCUAAAAGGAAAAAUGAUGUGCCAGUGCCAAAGGAAGUUAUGGAGAAAAUUCCAACUCCAAACGUCGAUAAUAUUUCAUUUAUAAAAGUCUUAACUGGAAGGAAUAAACCUUAUGGAAAAUUUAAUAAUACAGUUCAAUCUCACUUGGACAAAGAUAAUAGUGUAGAUUUACCAUACUUUACGCAAUUUGAUCUUUAUCUUUCAACAUCGACAAUUCCAAGUCAUCUACGCCCAUACAUUGAAAUCUACCUUGAGUCUAUAUUCGGCUUGCCACUCAACAACCCUAUAACGGGUGUUCGUCUUGAUCAUGAACAAGUUAUAACUGAAUUGAAUAAAGAUACUAUCGCGUAUGAUAGUGCAAUGGGUGAAAGACGUGACGUUUUAUUCCAAGAAAAGUUUCUACCAAAAGUUAUUAGUGAAUUAUCAAAAAACCCUGAAAAAGUUAUUAAAGACUUUUACGAAUUUAGAAAAAUAUUAACAUCACCUGAAAACAUGAGGAUUCAUGUGAUUGGAAAUAUUUUAAAAUUGGAUAAGCCAAUAAGUUCUUGGGUUAAAAACUUCAAGAUUGUAGAAUUUAACAAACAAUUAGGUUCAAUACCUUUGGCUAAAACGGUUUUGACUGAAUAUGGAAAAAACCCAGGAAAUAAGGUUUUGAUCAUUAAUACAGUUCAAUCUCACUUGGACAAAGAUAAUAGUGGUUAUAUCGUUAAACUUCCUACCAUUGAAGGAUCUUAUUCUUAUCAUGUAACAAAAGGACCUGAUACUUUUGAUUCGCCUGAUUACCCACCAUUGUUGGUAUUAUGUGAGAUUUUACAGACUAUGGAGGGAAUAUUUUGGAAGUUGAUACGUGGUCAAGGUUUAGCCUAUGGCACUCGCUUGAAAAUUGAUCCUGAAUCAGCAUCAUCUAGUUUAAAGGGAAGAAGUGCCAUUAUUAAUGCAGCCUUAAUCGAUCCAACUAAAGCGGAAGCAACAGAAGCAACGACAAUGCUUAGUCGUGGUUUUAGUAUUAGUAUUUUAAGGCAAGCAACUGUAUCAUUAAAAGAAAGGUCGAGUGCGGCUGCUUCAACGAAAGCUAAUGAAAAGGAAAAACUUCCUAAAAUUUCGAAGCCAGAACCAAAAAAGCCAAGGUCACCUUAUGUAAUUUUUUUGAGUGAUGAAUAUAAAAGUGAAAGAACAAAAAAUCCCGAAUUAAAAAAAUUAGGCGACAUUUCUAAAGUUUUAGCUGAAAGAUGGAAAAAUUUAUCAAAAGAUCAAAAAAGCAGCUACGAAGCAAGAUUUCAGCAAGGUAAAAAUGAGUACAGAAAGAAGUACGAAGAGUGGCAAAAUUCUUUAACAUUGGAAGAUAUCGAGCUUGAGAAUCAACAUCGCGGAUUGAAAAACAAAAAACUAUUGAGAGAUCCAAAUCUUCCAAAGAAACCCGUCACGUCAUAUAUUCAUUUCGUUAAGCAGAAUUUAAAUGUAAAUGAUGGCGAGAGUUCCACUUCUCGUUUAUCUAAACUUGCUGAAAAAUGGAAGAGUUUAUCAGAAGAGGAAACGGAGCCAUAUAAAAAUUUAGCCGAAAAAGAUAAAGAAAGAUAUAUUGUUCGUAAAAUUGAAACAGAUUUCGACAUUCCAGUUACAAAAUAUAAAUCUUCUGUUACUGGUUUAACAGCCAUCAAUGUUAAAGCCGAAGUUCCACUUGUUUAUGGAUAUUUUUCAGUUGCAACUGAAGGUGUAGACAACACAUCUUACACAAUUACAACAGCUGGUAGUGAGGGUUUUUUAAAUAUGUUACCAAUUUACGUUGAUCAUGUUUUAUAUCCUACUUUAACCGAUUCUGGUUAUUACACUGAAGUUCAUCAUAUUAACGAAAAUGGAGAAGAUGCAGGAGUCGUUUACAGUGAGAUGCAGGGAUCUCAAAAUAGCGGCGAGUCUCUUACUCAACGAAGACCUGAUAAUCUAUGUCUUUUGUUAAUUGGUAAUGUUGAAGAAGAUAAGCUGUUGAAAACACUUGAUAUUGCCGAUGGCAGAAUAGCCAAGAAGGGUCCAUUACCACCACACAAAAGACCAUUUGUUGAUUCACCAAAACCUCCACCGCUUAAAAAAACCAUAAAAGAGAUUCUAGAAUUUCCUGAAGAUGAUGAAUCAAUGGGUCAUGUUUCUAUUCUUUGGAAAGUAUUUCAAAAAGAAUUUGUUGAAAUCCAUGAUCCGUUAUGCACAGACAUAAAUACCAUGAUUAGUGAUCAAAUAACCACGACCAUCCAGGCCAUGUUUUCUAAUGUUCCAACUAAAGAAUUAGAAACAGUAUCAACUAAAAUAUUUGAAUUGUAUAAUAGAGUUGUACAUAAGGAUGGAAUUGAUAUGGAAAGGAUGAACACACUCAUAAAAAGAAUCAAGUUACAAAAUCUUGAAAUUUAUGACCAAUUAUUGAAAUUUGAUCAAAAAAAUUGGAUAGAACUAUUGAAAAAAUAUUAUUUAGAUAAUCCAAGUAUAAUUUUACUUGGUAAACCAUCAGCAAAAUUCGCAGAAAAAUUGUCCAAGGAUGAAGAAGAACGUGUGGAGAAACAGCGCAAAGAUUUAGGGCCUGAAAAUUUAAAAAAACUAAAAGAAAAAUUGGAAGAAGCUAAAAGGAAAAAUGAUGUGCCAGUGCCAAAGGAAGUUAUGGAGAAAAUUCCAACUCCAAACGUCGAUAAUAUUUCAUUUAUAAAAGUCUUAACUGGAAGGAAUAAACCUUAUGGAAAAUUUAAUAAUACAGUUCAAUCUCACUUGGACAAAGAUAAUAGUGUAGAUUUACCAUACUUUACGCAAUUUGAUCUUUAUCUUUCAACAUCGACAAUUCCAAGUCAUCUACGCCCAUACAUUGAAAUCUACCUUGAGUCUAUAUUCGGCUUGCCACUCAACAACCCUAUAACGGGUGUUCGUCUUGAUCAUGAACAAGUUAUAACUGAAUUGAAUAAAGAUACUAUCGCGUAUGAUAGUGCAAUGGGUGAAAGACGUGACGUUUUAUUCCAAGAAAAGUUUCUACCAAAAGUUAUUAGUGAAUUAUCAAAAAACCCUGAAAAAGUUAUUAAAGACUUUUACGAAUUUAGAAAAAUAUUAACAUCACCUGAAAACAUGAGGAUUCAUGUGAUUGGAAAUAUUUUAAAAUUGGAUAAGCCAAUAAGUUCUUGGGUUAAAAACUUCAAGAUUGUAGAAUUUAACAAACAAUUAGGUUCAAUACCUUUGGCUAAAACGGUUUUGACUGAAUAUGGAAAAAACCCAGGAAAUAAGGGUUAUAUCGUUAAACUUCCUACCAUUGAAGGAUCUUAUUCUUAUCAUGUAACAAAAGGACCUGAUACUUUUGAUUCGCCUGAUUACCCACCAUUGUUGGUAUUAUGUGAGAUUUUACAGACUAUGGAGGGAAUAUUUUGGAAGUUGAUACGUGGUCAAGGUUUAGCCUAUGGCACUCGCUUGAAAAUUGAUCCUGAAUCAGCAUUUAAUGAGGCUAGAAAAGUCAUUGUUAAAUUGGCCGAAAAAAAGAUGGAAUACGACGUUACAGGGUUUGAAGGUGCAAGAAGUAGUUUAAUUUAUUCUUUAGUUAGGAAUGAGUCGUCAUUGGUUGAAGCAGCUAGAAGCUCCUUUAUUAAUCAAUCAUUAAAAAAUAUGAGCGCUGAUUAUAAUAAAGAAUUAAUUAAAAAAGUUCAGGCUGUAAAAAUUGAAGAAUUGAAUGGUUUAAUGAAAAAAUAUUUGUUAAACUUAUUCAAACCUGAGACUUCUAUUGUUAUUGUAGUUAGUACAUCUAAUAAGGUUAAAGAUAUCAAGAAAGGAUUUGGUGAAAGCGGAUUUAAUUUGGAGGAAAAAACUCUGGAUAAAAUAAUUUAA